UAGAAGGAACAUAAUUACGUAUAAUUUAAAUAAUACAUUUAAUAUGAUGUUAACUGUAGAUUUAAAUCAUUUAGACAAAAUUCAAGAAGUUCAUAAUGAAAAAGCAGAAGAACCGGACGAAAUAUAUGAUAAUUUUGUACAAAAUUUAGCAACAUAUCAUUUUCAGGUGAAAGCUAUAAUUCAGGACAUUUUGGAAUGUCGAGAUUCUAUGGAAAGUUUAAAUGAACUUAAUGAAAAAGGCAGAGCUAAAAUAACUUUAUUAAGAGAAGAAUUAGAAAAUUUAGAUGCCCAUGCUACUGACAUGAAUGAUCAAAAAUAUUUUCUUGAGUCGGUUUCCCAGAGGCAUCUGUUAGCAGGCCUCCUAAAAGAAUUCAAAGAAGCCAAUAUAAGUAGCAUGUUUGCAAUUGAGAAAGCUCAGAGAGAGGAUUUGUUGAAAGCAGGUGAAGGAGAAGAAUCUGUUUUAAGGAAUAGGAAAAAGAAAGUCGACAGAGAUGGCUUACUAAAAAUGUCUACAGGUGUCACUGAACAAUUGCUCUCUAUUAGUCGACAAUUAGCAGCAACAACCCAGAGGAGUCAAGACACGUUGGAUAGCUUGGUAUCUUCUAGCUCUACGGUGCAUGGCACGCAAGCAGAACUUCAAAAUACAGGCAGUACUAUCACGCAGUCGAGUAAACUUUUAAAGAAGUAUGGAAGAAGGGAGUUCACAGAUAAAGUGAUAAUGUUUUUUGCAUUCCUUUUCUUCUUAGCUGUCUGUUUGUAUAUCGUUCAAAAAAGGUUGUUUUAAGGACUAACUGAUUUUUUUUAUAAUUUUGUAUUCUGAAUUUAUUUAUUUGUAUAAAUGUAUUAUUUUAAAUGUUAUUUAUUCAAUAAAAUGUGUAUAUUUGAUUUGA